UAAAGUGGUUAUAUUGCUAUUUUAAUGCCUUAAUCUGUUUUUAGUGCAUUUUGAACGAGUUUCUGCAAUGUUUAAUGUGUUAUUUUACAUCACAGUGCCAUUGACACAAUAAUUAAGCAGGAGUCUUUGUCAGAAGGUCAGAAAAUGAGAGGGUCGAGAAAAUACACAUCCCGAGUUCAUGUGGAAGACAUUUGCCAAGCACUCAAGGCCAGUAUUGACAUGCCAUCGAGCAGGAGAAUCUACAAUGUUGUCGAUGAUGAGCCAGCCCCUAGAGAAGAGGUAUUUGCAUAUGCGCUGGAUUUGAUUGAGAAAAAGUGGCCAGGCCUGGUCAAGAAAUGCACUUCUCCUCAGAAAGAUGAAUCCUUUGUUCGAAGUGGAAGUUCAAGAGGUGAAAAGCGAGUUUCCAAUUCACGUAUCAAGAGGGAACUAGGAGUGCAGCUUUUUCAUCCAAGUUAUAAAUCAGGCUUGCAGAGCGUUAUUGACCAAAUGGAGAGCCCAUUUCAGCAUGCUGCGUAUUAGGUUUAAGACCUUUUAGAGAAAAUUAUGAUUUUUUUUUUUUUUUUCCGUUUUCGAUAAUCUAUACCAACCAUGUUAGUCAACCGAAUUCAUGGAACAUAAGGUAUAUGCAAACAUGCAAUUCCAAGGUCUCGUACGUGGUGACUGCGUUAAAGUUCACCUGUUCAUCUUUUAAUCAUGAUUCGAAUCUGGCCGCGGUAAAAAUUCCCCCCCUUUAAGAUAAUUCACGGUUUUCAUGUUUUUCAUAAGGAUAAAAAUUGUAACUUCAACUUCAAAUUAAGAUUUAUUAGGUAAUAAAGAAUUUUUUUAAAA